CGGCAAUUGGAACAUCUUGAGCUCUCGGAGGGCUGGCCUUGGGAUGAAUGGCCGCAAGGUCCGCAAGAACCUGGUGGUGCUGCCUGCGCUGCACAGGCACAAGGCGGAGCCAAAUGCAGCAAAAGAGCUCGAGGCGCAGCUGGAGGAGGCGGAGAAGCUGCAGAAGGACUCGCCCAGGACCUGGCGCUCAACUGCUUCCCUCAGAUCGCGACCUUCGAGGCGUCUGCCUGGGCUUCCGGCUCGCCGCCCAGAGGCGCUGAGAGCCUUCCAGCAGGUGGGCGGAUUGGUGGCGACAGAGCUUCAGCUUCAGCUCGAGAUGCUCUGCUGGGAGCACGAGGGUGUUCCAGCCAAGGAGGCGCAGUACAUGUACGUGGUGAUCGAGCACUGCCACAGCUGCAGGGAGAAUCACGGCCUCUCCACGCGCCACGACGAGGCCACGUAUCGGAAGAACGCGGCGGCCUGCGCGGAGCGAAUCCUGCAGCACGCGCGGGGGGUGGUGCUGGCGGCGGCGCAGAUCCCCUGCAACCUAGAUGGAGAGCCCCGGUGCCUGGGGAACUCCUACGAGCUGGGCCAGGAGAUUUGGCACCAGGGCUCCCGGGUGGGCGCCUUCGAGGUGUACCUCCUGGCGCCGUCGCCUCCUUCCGCGGCCGAGGCCGCGGCCGCGUCGGCGUCGAUCUGCUGGGAGGCGCCCAGCGUCUCAGGGCCCGAGCUGGUGCUGCCGUGCGGCUACGCUGUCCAUGUGUUGCACUCCAAGCUGGUGUCCAAUGCAUGGCCGAGGGAAAGGCUCAGCAGUCAGCUUCCCUCGCUGCUGCCUCGGGGCACCAUCGAGGUGCAGGUGGUAACCCCCGGCGGGGGCUUGCUCCCAGACUUCGACCUGGAGCUGCGAGCCCUCGGGGAGUCCGGGGAUCUCGAGGAAGAGCCGUUGAAGGGCCGGGCGAAGGAGGGGAAGUGCCUGGUGGCGCAGGUGCCCAUGAGGACUCGCAUGGAGAUCCGGGUUCAGCACCCUGUGCUGAGGCCCCGGACUUUGCGGGUGGCCUUGACCCAGACGAAGACCUCGGUGACCUUCGCGGGGGACGCGGCGGCGCGGCUCUGGUCGGUGGACCGCCCGGAAGGCGCCGCGGUCUUCGUGGGGGACUACGUGCAGCAGCGCAUCGGGGUGCCCCACUCGGCGACGCCCUUCCGCGGCCGCUUGGAAUUCACCAACGGCGAGGUCGUGGACGUGGACGGGGUGCUGCAGCUCCCGUGGCACGGCCGACCCUUCGCGGUGGAGGGUCUCCAAAUCUUAUCCCCGGAAGGCGACGAGAUGGCGCUGCCUCCCCUCAGCUUGAUGCGGAGUUGGCUUCCGAGCGCGCCGGCGGAGCCCGAGGAGGUCUUGCUGCAUCGCCCCUGUGGCGAGGUGUUGGGGGAACUCUGGGCGGCGUUGGGCCGCGCGGAAAUGGAGGGCCUGGGCUGGAAGCUGGACCAGGCGCUGGGCUUGGUGGAGACGUACCUCACAGCCGCCCGCGCGCGGUGGAAAGCCAAGGACUUUGAGUCCGAGCCGCAGGACUCUGGUGAGGGUGAGCUGAACGAGAUCCUCCAGCUACAGCGGCUAUGCUCGGAGGCGCCGCUCUGCGAAGCGCUGCGGCGGGAGCUGCAGCAGCGUGACACGGCGCUGGGUGACGCAGCCAGCGCUGGGGAAAAGCUCGCGCGCGCCUACGCGCGGGCGAAGGAGAUGAAGCCAUGGCUGGAGGAGCUGUGCCAAUCUGCAGUUCCGCAUGGAAAGCCGAAGCCAGCGACUUUGCAGGGCAUCGGUUCCACCAGGGUGCUCCAGAGGUUUUCCAUCUUUCCAGAGCAGGAGCCGAGUUUGCUGCAGUGCCGCAUAGACGGCGAUCCGCGGGCCCUCCUCCCGGCCCUCGCGGCGCGACUGGCCGAUUCAGAUUCCGCGGGGAUCCUGGAGGCCACAGUUACCUCCUGCGACUCGGGAGCUCCUGGGAUUGCGCUCCAGAUUGCCCGCCGGUCUGAGGAUGGCCUGCAGUUGGGGGAGGUGCUUCUGGCGUCGGAGUCCCUCGUCACCGUGCCGAAGUCCGCGGUUUGCCCCUUCCUGCGGGAGCUAGAAGAGCGGCCCGAGGCCGUGGAGGCCUUUGGCCUCUGCCCCGCCUUGCGCCUGGGGGCGCUGGUGGCGUGGGUGGAGGCGCCGGGCUACCACCCCACUGCGCCGCAUCGCCAGGUCCUGGGCCGCACCCUGCAGGACCUGCGGCGGGGGGGCUUCGAGCUAGCUCUGCUGCGGGCGCCCACGGUGCAGCUGCGGAUUCGGGUGCCUCACUGGGACCUGCCAUUGCCCGAGGUAAAGCUGGAGACCGAGGAGAUGCAAAUGGCGCAGACCGAUGCGAAUGGCCGCUGCUCCUUGAUUCUUCGGCCUGGGAAGCAGAAGCUGCGCAUGCGCCAUGAGAGGCUUUGCUCCAGUUGGCGGGAGCAACUCCUGGAGACCCGUGAGGAGGUGGAGCUGAUUGUGCCUCUGGAGGUGUCGCUUUGGCGGCGCCGGCUGCACGACCGGUACUGGGAGUACUGGGUGGGCUGCAAAAGCCCGUUGAGGGAGGACUGCGAGCCCUUCUCUGGCCCGGUGCGGCUCUUCGGGCAAGUCCGCCAGGUGCAGGACGGGCACCUCGAUCUGGACGGUGCGGAGUCUGAGCUCGGCACUGGCCCCGACUUGUUCGCCGCCUGCUGCCUGGAGCCGCCCUAUGCCAGGCAGAUGAUCACCAGGUCAUCCAGCGAUCUGUGGGCUUCUCUUUGCCUGGGCAUCCGCGCGGACACGGAGGAGACAGGAACUGAGGAGCUGCUCGUCUUUGCGCAGACCCUGUGCUGCGGCCAGCCCCUGCGCGGCGUGGAAGUCGCCAUGGAAGGUGACCUGCAAUUCACCAACUCCCAGGGGUGCUGCAGCUUGGCGCUCCAGCCUGGCGAGCAGGUGGUGACCGUGACCCAUGCAGCUGUCACAGGAGGCGCCUGUGACUACCUGAUCUGCUCGGAGGGUUGCCAGGCAGAGCUGCCCCUCUUGUUGCAGCCCCUGGUCCGUGCCUUCCUGGUGCCAGGGGAAGGCGAACAGAUCUUUCAGGUCCUGGCGGGUGAUGGGGAGUCCGUCUUGCUCCCAGUCGAUGCGGAGCCCUUUUCCGGGCUUCUGGUGGGCGAUGAGGGUGAGGAGUACCGGUUUGUGGACGGCAAGCUUACCUCCAAGUUGCACGCCAUGCGGUGCUGCCCCAUGUCGGCUUUGUGUCGCGCCCGCGCGGAGCUGCCGGGGCUCCUGUGGGUGCCUUGGCCCCAAAGCGGCGCUGCCGCCGGCUGCGGCUUCGGCCAGCUGACGCGGGAGGCGCAGAGCCUGGCGCGGCUGCAGCCCCAGGUGGAGGUGCGGCAUCCUAGCGGGCAGACGCUGGCGGUGCCCUUGGCCUCCUGCCGCACCGUGGCGGAGGCCGCGGAUUUCCUCCGCGCGGAGCUGCCGGAGGUCCACCUCGCGCUGGCGGAAACGCCAGCGGCGGCUUCGGAGUCGGCGCCGGGGGUCCCGCAGCUCCCGGAAAACGCGGUGCUGCGCUUUGGAGAGCCUCUGCAGCUCUUGUGCCGCCUCAGCGUGCGUCUGCGCUUCGGGCAGCUGGGUGUGGCGGGGGUGGAGGUGCGCUUGGGCCACUUCCCGCCCGCAGUCACCGACGGCCAAGGCUUCUGCGAGAUGUUCGUGGGCCACGGAAAGCAGAAGCUUCGCGUGGACCAUGGCUUCGAAGCCGAGCAACUGGAGGUGGACAUCUCAGACAUCUAUGCCUUCGCCGCAGUUGAUGUCAGGCCGCAGAUCUUUGUGUACCAGGUGGUCGAGGAGGCGCCCAAGGUGUGGCUCUGCGCCAAGCGUCGGCAGCUGCCGGCGGCGGCCUUGCCGGUGCAGGGGCAGCUGACGCUGGCCCCUGACCUACAGGUGGCUUUAGACGCCGAGCUUCGCCCGGUGGAUCUCUCGGACCUCCCCUCCCUGCCAGAUAGCCUCGCGCUGGACCUGAGCCAAACGGGCUACGUCUGGCGCCAGAAGAGCUUCAAAACCGACUGGCGGCAGCUGCUGAAGGGCCCCAUGCACCUGGGCGACCUUCUGCCACCCAUCACUGCUGUGCUUCACCCGGACGGCCUGGCCUUCCGCCUGGCCGCCGCGGACGGGCGCUCCGUGGCCGCCGUGUGCGCGCGCCUGGCGGAGGAGCUGGGGCCCGAGAAGCCGCUGGGGGCCUUCCAGGCGGGCCGCAUGCUGGCGAUGGACGAGGAGCUGCAGCCAUGGAGCUGCGUGGAUGUGUGGUUUCUGGCGCGCACCAAGGUGAGCUUGACAACUCCCUGCUGCCGCCGGGGUCUCGAGGGCGCUUUGGUGCGUAUCCACUCGGAGUACGCGGACGCGGACGCGGAGGAGUCAUCCCCUGCUUGGGCCUCGGGGGCCACAGACGCAGAGGGCAGAUGCCACUUUGUGGUUCCGGCAGAGGAGCAUCUGGUGGAGGUGAGCCAUGACCUGCUGGGCACCAAGGAGUGGCAGGUGCAGGCAGGCGCGGGUAGCAAGGCCGUGCUGGAAGCUUGCCCGGAGCUUGGGGUCUUCGUCUACGCUACGAAGGAAGAGGAGCUGUCGGUGUGGAUGUGCGCCCACCGGCGCCACCUUCCAUCCACGGCUCGGCCGCUGGUCGGGGCGCGGCUGGGGGUGGGCUUGGAGCGGUCGGCGCCCAUCGAGUCCCUGGAAUUGGUGCUGCUGCCCUGGAGCAACGCAUCUCGUGGGCCUUGUCCCUUGGAGGGCCUGUGGCUGGACACCAGUGAGCUCCGGGCGCAGCCAGGCCAGGCCAGACUCCUGGCCUUCCAGCCGAGCGGCCGAAAGGAGGUGUGCCCCUUCGUGCGGGCGGGGGAGGGCCCGGUGCUGCUGGGCCGCCUGCGGCCAGCCCUGUUGGUCCAGCUGGGUGAGGAGCGCCUCCUCGCACCCUUCGCGGAGUGCCAAAGCAUGGAGGCCUUGCGGGGCUGGUUGGCGGAUCACAUGGGCUGCAGGGAGGAGGAGGUGGGUUUGGAGGUGCCCAGCCAAAACCUGAAGCCGGGCAUGGAGGUCUUGGCUCAGCGGUUGGCAGCACUGGACCUUCAGAUCCUUCUCCCAGAUGAGGCGACGGAGGGCCCAGAAGGCCUGGAAGGCCUAGAGGCGGAGGUGGGGGAGGUUCGAGGUCGCACGGAUGCGCAGGGGGACCUCCGCAUGAUGCUGCCCCCCGGGCGUCAGACACUUCUGUUGAAGCACCCCUGCUUCGGAGAGCCGAAGCGGCUGGAAGUGCAGGUGCCGACCCAGCUGCGAUUCUUCGCAGACUUGCGCCUCUGGAUUUAUGCCACCGAGCCCGAAGAGGACGAGGAAGAGGAGCCAUCUUCUCGGUGCUGCAUGGUCUGGGUCUGUGCAUCCAGAGAGCAUAUUCCUGAGGGGGCCGUGGGCAUUUGCGGACGUGUGUCCGGGACACUCAACGGCAAGAAGGUGGAAAAGGAGCUGAAGGAGUCUGGGCCCACUGAGUUUCUGUUCUUUGCGGGAGGCCACGAGGCGCCCCAGUGCAGCCUGGGCUCCUUGGUUUUGGCCGUGCGCCGGGCGGGCCACCUCUGGUCUGCUGGCGGCGAAUCGCCGCUGGCGGCGCGGCAGGCGGAGCUCCGGGGCUCCGAGUACCAGCGGCUGCUGAGCUGCCCGGUGGCCAUGGGCCAGCUGCUGCCCGCCGUGCAGGUGGGCGGCGUAGAGGAGGUCCAGGUGACAUUGGCCGAAGCGCCCACGGCGAAAGCCUUGCGCGAGCACUUGGCAGAGAGGAUGGGCCUGGAGUAUCGUCAGCUGUGGCUCCAGCGGGAUGGGCAACAGCUAGAUGAGGAAGUCCUCCAGCCUGGCUGGCAGUUGGAAUGCCUGGAGGUGGCUCCAGUGAAAGUGCGCGUCGUGACAGCUUGCUGCCUCACGCCUUUGCCCGACGUGUCCAUCUUCCUCUCCGGGACCUCGUCCCCGACGUCCGGCUCCACCGACGCGGAGGGCGUGUUCCAUGGCGAGGCCCCGCUGGGCGCCUGCGAAGUGCGCUUUCAGCACCCGGCGUUCCAAGGAGGCGAGGUAUGCCUCACGGUGGAAAGAGAUCGCAACGAGGCCCUGUGCAAGGCAAAGCCUCGGUUCUUCAUUUACGCCACGGACCCGGAGCCGGAGGAAGAGGGGGAGCUUGAUCCCAGCUGCGUGUGGCUGGCGGCGCUUCAGGCGCACGUCCCUGAGGAGGCCGUGCCGCUCCGGGGUGCUGUGAGGUGUGCCUGGGGAAGUGACGUCCUGGGCGCCUCCUUCGUAGAUAAAGGCAUCGCCUCCUUCUGCCUGGAAGGCACAGAUGCGGCACAAAGCUGCCCUGUAGCAGGUUUGAGCCUGCGCUGCAGCAGGAAAGACUUCCUCUGGCAUGCCAAGGACCCCUCUCCUCUGCUGGAGCGCACGGACGAGCUCGGGGGGUGCGAGGCGCUGCGCCUCAGCGCCUGCCCCGUGGCCCUCGGCUUUCUGAAGCCCUGCGCCACGGUGCACCUCGCGGCCGAGACCCUGCAGCUUCCCUUGGAUGCUGGCGAGGAGGCCAACCGCGCCCAGCUGGAAGCGUCUGGCGAGGGCAUGUUGCUAACGACCAGCGGCGAGGCGGUGCCAGGCCACAUCCCAAGAUGUGAUUUGCUUUGGGCAGCGCCAAAAGAUGUGGAAGCAGCCGAAAGGCAGUACCAGAAACACAAGGCUGACUUGUACAUAGAGGAAGGCCAGGGGCAAACACUGCCCUUGCACAUCGAGUAUGUGGGCGCUGUGAAUCAUGCAAGUGCCGCAUAGAUCAGUUGUGGCCCUUUAUUUUUUUAGCCAGGUAGACUUCCCAUUCGCCGCAAGUAGAAGGUGUUCAAAGCGUUUCAAGGCGAUUGACACCUGACGACCA